CUCGGUGCGGCCGGUCUUUGGCUGCGGUUCAGCCCCAACGACCAGGAUCACUUCGAAGAGUAUGAGUUCUCUGCGGUCGAGCGGACAGACGAUUUUUGCGUAUAAUCGCUAUCCUCCGAUCACUGCGAGAGCGCUCACUUGUGAAUCCAGCGACCCGAUCUUCAUCCGACCGCAAAAAACCGCGCGAACCACAUUCAGUGCGAUCAAGCUCUAUGGACUGCUUUCAUAUUCACUCGCUGGGUCGCACGCCUUGCUCUCGCCCGUUGCGGUGCUCACUGUCAUUGGGUACCUCGUCACCUUGGAGCGAGACAUUCCGGCGCGACUCUAUACGCCGCUAAGUUGGGUGUUGACCCCUGCGGCGCUGGGGCAGUUCGGAGCCUCCAUUGCGGCGCUGGUGUUCUUUUAUCGUGCCCACGCGCACAGCCCCCAAUACACUGUCCUCCCUUCCUUCGACGUCUCCGAUUACAGAUGUGAUGUGCGCGCGAUGUUGUUUAAUCCGACGAACACAACCUACCUGGUGUCUCUCGGUGCAUCGCCGAUUCUGCUAGCCUUUGCAUUGCUGCCCCUCGCGCUCAUCUUGUUUACCUGUUACGAGUCGAACCUGCGAGGUUUGGGAAUCGGACUAGCUUAUAUUUACAUACUCCUUGCUUUGUUCUAGGUCAUCUCAUUCGCAAUCGUGGGUCAAAGAGAGACAAACCCCAUCGCAUGGGAUCCGGAUUGCGC